CUCAGUCAGUUUUCAGAGUUGAGCAGCUCUCCGCUCUGAACUCCUCACUCUCUCUCACUCACUCCGUCUCUCUGUCUAAUCACUCCGCCGCUUCAAUACUCUUUUCUCGUGAAACGGUAUGUACUAAACGGAUUUCAGUCUCCUCACAACGUCAACACUGAAAAUGUAACAGAAUAAGAUGAGGGACUGGCCUCCUCCUCUCUUGGCCAGUGUUACAGCUGCUUUACAUGCAGGCUAAUCCCAUAGCCCAUGUACACUAUGGCAACAAUUGAUCCGGGCUCAGAUGCAGAGGACUUGUUGGCUUCCAUUCACCUUGAGCGGUAUCUGGACGACUUCAGACAGGCAGGCUUUCUACUGGCCCGGGACUUCUGUCAUGUUGACAAUACAGCUCUGAACAGGCUUGGCGUGACCGCCACCGGCCACAGGAAGCGGAUCCUCAAACUGGUCGAGCACAUUCAGCUGAUCUGCCAGCAUCAAAGGAAGGACUCCCUGUUGGACCGCUGUAACUCAGAGUCAGCCAUUCACGAGGUGACGCCUGACGAGUUAGCGCCUCUUUCUCCUCAAGGCAAUGUAGACACGACCUUUGAAGUCAUGCGAAACAGCUCAACUCCGAAUCUGUCUGCCCUUGUGAAACGUUCACACUCAGAGCGUAGCUCUGCCGUUGUGAAGCCAGUUCCUAAACCUAGAACUGUAUUCAACAAACAAAGGGUGCAGCAGCCUUCUCCACCCACACGACAAGCAGCACAGAUCUGCCGGAGCUCCUCUCAGGAUUCUCAGAGUCCUGUAGUACUGGAGGUUUCUCCCACUGAGGAACCCAUCCCUGGGUCUGUAGGCCCAAGACGGAACUUGUGUGGAGGCAAGUUGACUAGCAAUAUCUCAGCCCCAGAGACUAGCGGACCACUACCUCCAGUACCCCCAAGGUUCAACCGAGGGGUUCCCCCUUUUAACUUCAGAAGAAUGUCUGAUCAGGAUCAGCUACGCACCCCUCCCCUGUCCUCCUCGCCUGAUUCCCCUUCCAGUUAUCAGUGUUCUCCUUUCACCAGUACACCCGGAUCUCCUCCUAGCCCUCCAUGCUCAGGCCUGGAAAUGAUCUCCAAUGAAAUCUACUGUGGCACUUUACCUAGCACUCCACCCACUCUUUGGAGCCGCUCUGUACCCAUUCCUCCCCCACGACAAGAGCUCAACACAUCUACUGAAAGCAAUAGCACUUUAAACCACAUCUCACCAGAACCACCUAAACGGACAUUUGCGCCUGCAGACGAGCAAGAUGAACUUAUCAGUCCAUACUGUGAAACUGUUUUCCAAAGCAAGCGACAAUAUCAACAUCCUGAGGUUGAAAGGCCCAAGGGUGGAGAAAAGGUUGGAACUAAAGAGGAUAAGCCAGGAGAGGAUCAUGGGUCCAGUCUCAAGCGUCAUUCACACACUUCUUCUGGCGACUCUCCAGGCUACUGCACAGUGGGUGAUCCCUCGUCUGCCUCACGCUCCUUCUCACUGCCUCCCCGCACCCUGUUCCCCAGUGAACUGGAUGAGGAUCAAACCAUCUCCCCUUAUGCCAGCUACACCUCACUGUCUGAGCGGGCUGCGCCUAUCAUCAGUGGCUGGCUGGACAAGCUCUCCCCUCAAGGGAAUUAUGUGUUCCAGAAGCGCUAUAUAAAGUUUGAUGGAAAAAACCUGAUGUACUAUGGCAGUGAAAAGGACAUGUACCCAAAAGGUGUGAUUCCUCUGGCCGCUAUACAGAUGGCUCGUGUAGCUAAAGACAACAAGUUUGAAGUAGUGACAAGCCAUCGGACAUUUGUCUUUCGUGCUGACAAUGAAGUACAGCGGAGCAAAUGGUGCAGUGUGCUGCAGGAGCGAGUGAAGGAGCAGAUGGUGUUUGGCAGGCCACGCUUUGGUCCGGGCAGCCACUGCCAGAAAAGCGGCUUCUUAGAGCUCAAAGGGACCAAGUCAAAGAUCUACACCGCCAUUAUAACAGAACAGAUUUGGCUGUACAAGAGCGAGCAGUGUUUUAAGACUGGAAUUGGAAUCAGUGUAAUAGAGGCCAGAGGUGCGACAAUCCGAGAUGGCAAGGGCAAAAGCUUUGACCUAAUAACCCCCUACAAGACAUUCAGCUUCACGGCUGAGUCAGAGCGAGAGAAGCGUGAGUGGAUGGAGGCUUUGCAGGAGUCCAUUGCAGAGACGCUCUCUGAUUACGAGGUGGCCGAGAAGAUCUGGUCCAACCGCUCCAACAAGGUCUGCGCUGACUGCAAAGCCAUCAAUCCUGAUUGGGCCUCCAUCAAUCUCUGCGUGGUCAUCUGCAAGAACUGUGCAGGCCAGCACAGAAGCUUGGGCACAAUGGUGUCCAAAGUGCAGAGUCUGAAACUGGACACCAGCGUUUGGAGCAACGAGAUCGUUCAGCUUUUCAUAAUGCUGGGUAAUGACAGAGCCAAUGAGUUCUGGGCUGCUAGGCUGCCAGUAACUGAGGAACUGGACUGUGAUGCUUCCCCAGAACAGCGAAGAGAGUUUAUCAGCCAGAAGUACAGAGAAGGACGCUAUCGCUACCCUCACCCCAGCUUCAGCACACAGGAAGAGUUACUUAAGGCACUGUGCACGGCAGUGACUGAACAGAACCUCCUCAAGACGGUCACGCAGAUUUUCGCUGAGGCGGAAGCAGCUCGUCUCUCCGACUCUAAUGGCCAUGAGAAGCACCUGUCCAUGCAUUACUCCUACAUGCAGGCUUCAGAUUCCAGUGUGUAUGAUGAAAUCAUGCAGCCGGUUCUGUAUUCAGGCUACCUCUACAAGUCAGGCUCCAUUAACAAAGGCACUUUAUCCCGGCGAACCAGAGAAGAUUUUCAAAAAUACUGGUGCUCUGUGGAGAAGUCCCUUUUGUUUUAUGAGUCUGACAGGUGCCAUGAACCCAACAUGAAGAUUGAUCUCAAAGACAUCAUCUGUUUAGGAGUUAGCAGGCCAGACUCAUGCAACAAUAACAAUGGCUUUAUUGACAGGUUUCGAUACACUUUUGAACUCUACCUAACAUCUGAAAAGCUUAUUCAGUUUGGCCUAGAGACUCCAGAUGCACUGCACAGUUGGGUAAAAGCUAUUGGAAAGGCCACAACUCCUCUGAGCUGCCACUGCUUACUGGCGCGAGAGUUUGAGCGGGUGGGCAUGCUGCGCUAUAAGGCCAUGCUGGACCCGCAGCAGUGGAAAGAGGGCUUCUUUGUCCUUCAGAAGUCCAACCUCUUCAUCUGCCCCGGAAACGAUGGGGCCGCAGAGGACAUCAUCAAUCUGAAACGCCUGCAGGAGCUGAGUAUAGCAUCUGAGACAGAAAACCACGAAAAGAGGGACAUUUUGGUUCUAGUUGAGAAAGGAAGGACUCUGCACCUGCAGGGCAUGGGGCGGAUGGAUUUCUCUCUUUGGUACACAGACAUCCAGAAGGCAGCGGGAGGGAAGGCCAACACACUGAAGGAUCAGCAGCUCAGUAGGAAUGACAUCCCCAUCAUCGUGGACAGCUGCAUCGCCUUCAUCACCCAGUAUGGCCUGGGCCAUGAAGGGAUCUACAGAAAAAAUGGAGCCAAGACCAGAAUCAAGCUUUUGAUGGAUGAGUUCAGGAAAGAUGCCCGCAAUGUGAAACUGCGUAUCGGGGACAACUUCAUCGAGGAUGUGACAGAUGUGCUGAAGAGAUUCUUCCGCGAGCUCGAUGACCCCAUAUUCAUGGCUGACCUGCACCCCUACUGGAAAGAGGCUGCCAAGACAUCUAAUAAGACCCAGAGGUUGGAUAGAUAUAAGGAACUCAUCCGUGGUUUGCCGCGGGUCAACCGGACCACUUUAGCAGCUCUCAUCAGUCACCUGUACAGGGUACAGAAGUGUGCUGACCUUAACCAAAUGUGCACUAAGAACCUGUCCCUGCUGUUUGCCCCUAGCCUCUUUCAGACAGAUGGGAAAGGGGAGCAUGAAGUGAAAAUCGUAGAGGAUCUCAUUGACAACUACCUCUAUGUGUUUGAUGUUGAUGAGGAGCACCAAACCCAGAUUGAACUGGAGAUAAGUCUCAUUACGACCUGGAAGGACACACAGCUCUCCCAGGCAGGAGAUCUGAUUAUUGAGGUGUAUUUGGAGGAAAAAACACCAGACUGCUGCAUCACUCUGAAAGUCUCUCCCACUAUGUGCGCUGAGGAGCUGACUAACCAGGUGCUGUAUCUGAGAAACGUUCCUGCUGGCGAGAAUGUGUGGAUGACCUUUGAAGUCAUUGAGGAUGGAGAACUUGAGCGGCCUCUUCACCCAAAAGAGAAAGUUCUGGAGCAAGCCCUACAGUGGUGUAAGAUGGCUGAUCCCAGUUCAGCGUACCUGUUGGUAAAGAAGGCGCCAAGAGGAGAGGCGAUAGACAUCUUUACAGCCUACAAGAGUGAGAUUGUGAAGUUUGGAGUUUUGAAGUGCCGAGAGGAGCCGCCCAAACUCCUGCAAGGGACCAAAUUCCAAGAGCGCGCCUUCCUAAUCCAAGACCACAAAUUACUCUUAAUGAAGGACAAGAAAAGCAACAAACCAGAAAAGGAGUGGCUACUGAAAACCAUGAAGAUUUACAUCGGUAUAAGAAAGAAGUUAAAAGCGCCCACAAAAUGGGGUUUCACUGUGAUGAUAGACAAACAUCAGAUGUACCUCAGUUGUUCCAGUGAAACAGAGCUUUGGGAUUGGAUGACCAGUCUACUAAAAGCGCAGAACGAUGACUUGCGGCCGCCUGUGUUGAGACGCCACUCCUCCUCAGAUAUCUCUAAGCAGAAAUUUGGCACCAUGCCCCUAGUGCCCAUUAGAGGAGAGGAAAGCAACACCAACUCCACUAUGCUCUCUGCUAACAAAACUCUGCGGAAGCUUCAUGAUAGAAGGACACUUUCAAUGUACUUUCCCAUGAAGGUGCAGCAGGACUCAGUAGAGGAGCGUGAUGAAAGCCCUGAGCCGCUUUACGAGGAGGUGGGCGAUUUCAGCCUGCAGGUGCUGAAGUCUCUGGAGACAAGUUUCCGGACCAGCGCCCACGCCGAAACCCUAGAAGUUCCGUCCCGGCCCACCAGCCUUGGCCAGAGAAAGACCGGCUCACUGGACCGCAUGAUCGGUCCAAAUCCUGUGCGCUCUCUCGGGGGAGAGGGCCUGCUGACCCCCGGGGGCUCUCUGGACACUCUAGUGAAGGAGGCGUCCCCCACCAGGCACAGCCAGGGCAGAUCGCACAGCCCCUCUCGAGAGCUGCUUCUGCAGGAACUCUCCACAGUGUUCAAAAAGCCACCGGCCGAGGAACACCAUAGUACUGAGAGCCUGAACUGAACUGACCAAAACGUCUUGAGUAAGACUGCGCUGUUGUGUCCAUUCAACUGAAUGUACACUCAAACUCCAAAGCAGUCUUUUCUGCUAGUGAGUUGAGCACAACUGUUAAACUGUUAUAUAAUGAAGUGACUGAAAUGUGCCAGUAUUAUAAACAUCAGAAAACGUACUUAAAAGAAACCUGUAAACUUGUACCAAAGCACUAACAAUAUUAGUAUAUAUAGUAAGUCUGUGUUAUAUAACUGAAAUAUACUACUGUACUGUAUAUAUUUUGCUCUUGCUAACAAAGCCUGACUCAGUUUUAAGCAACAGUUUCUGUUAGAGUCGCAAGUGUUUACCUGAGAGAUAAAUUUUACAAGAUCUUUUUGAACCAAAACUAAACUAGAUGUCAUCUUACUUAUAGUUAAAGGGGAGUUUUUCACAUUUUCUGCAUAUUUCAAUCUUUGAGAUUGUCAUUCAGAGUGGGUUGAUCUGAAAUGGUGCAUCAUAGAGAAACGUAUCGUCUUGAAUUUCUUUACAAUGGUGAUAGGUGCCAGAUGUUGCGAUGUCUACAAUACAGAUAUAGCCAUUUUAUUAACUAGCCAAAAAGAAUGCAUAUGGGACUAGUGAACCUACAUGUGUUUUCUGAGUUUGUAUAUGUAAUGUUGGUAAUGGUAAAAGUGGUAAAUGUGUUUUCUUUUGGGACUAUUUUUCACAUAAAACACCCUGCAUGAACCUCUGUCAUGCUUAAAACAACGUUUCAGGCAUCAGGCAGUGUAUGUGUAACGAUUUUGUGUAAUAGCUUUUAUGAUGUAGCUUUUAGAGGCAUUAAAUACUUCAACAUCUGGUUUCUGUCACCACCACUGUGAACCGUUCUGACAUGGUAAGUUUCUCUAGAAUGGCUCAUUUCACAUCAGGUCCAGUAGGCAUGUCAACAAAAAAAGUUGGCAAAUGUUAACUUGAUAUUGUUGUAGCAAAUUUAAGAAUAUAUAUAGAGUUCUUUACUAGGCAAAUGUAUUAGUUUUGGGAUUUUCACCUAUUUGCAUGUACAAUUUGUUGUAUUUAUUAAUUUAUUUAUAUACUUGCCAGCAUUCCUCAGCAUUCAGACACACUGUGAAGGAGUUGAAGUGGACGAUAUGUGAGUAGCUUAGAAUUUCUUACAGUUUGACUCUGAGCAGUAGAGGGCAGUGUAGAUCCAGCACAUAAUGGCUUGACAAUCUUGAAACUGCAUUGUUGUAUUCCACUUAACCCUUUUCUACAGACAUUUACUUUGUACAGUAUGCCAUUGCCUAUUAAUUAGAUAUCUGUAUGCUCCUAUGUAAUAUUAAUUAAGCCUUUUGUCAAUGCAUCAUUCUUGUAUGAUGUUAUUUUUAUAUUUUAAGUCAUUGUAAGUGCCACCCCUUGUUGGUCAUCAAUGUUUUUGUUUCACAGUUUUAAUUAACUUUUUGCUGUGUGGUAUAUCAGCAUGCAGGUUAGUCAGUAUUGUGAUUAGUGUUGUAUAUGGCAGCAUUCAUUCAGUGUUUUAAAGCUUGUGGUAGGAUUAAAUGCGCUUGUACACUGUAAAGGUUGAGUAUCCUAUAGGACUAAUUGCAAAUGUUUUGGUUUUGCCAAACGUGUUUCUGAAACUGGAAGAAUAUAUUGAAAUAUAUGACUACUUUUGAAAA